GUUCUUUUUUUUUAUUUUCCUUUUAAUAAUAAUUAUCAUCAUCAUCCACUAAUUAUUUAUUUCUCAUUUGAUUAUUAAUAAUUUUCGUCCUUUUUUUCUUUUUCUUUUCUUUUCUUUUCUCUUUCUUCACAUAUCAGAGCCACUCGUGAGGAAAUAAAUAUUAAAUGAAAAUAAAAGAAUAAAAUAAAAAAUAGCAAUACCUCACGCCAAUGAAAAGCAAUCAACGAAGAGCCUUGCAAAAUAAAAUUAUUAAUGUAAGAAAUAUUGGGGUGAAUUGUGUGUGAGAGACAGAGAGAGAGAGACAGAGAGAGAGUGACCGGGUUAAAAGUUAAUAAAAAAGAUGAGUAGAAAGCAAACACAGUUGGUAUAUACCUAUGUAUAUAUUGUACAUCUAUACAUACAUAUAAAUUGUUAUGUAUGUACGUAAUGUAUAAACUUGUGAUGUUUUGAAUCGUAUAAGGUACAUAUUUAAUGGAAAAAAUUAAAAUGAAAUUAGAUGAAAGAAACGAAAGAAUAUUGAUUAAAUGAAUAGAAUUUUGUAACGAAUAAAAAAUGUAAAAAGAGUUAUCGACCAGAGAUCUUUGUACUGGUUUAGUUAUUAACGCGAAGUUUGCGUGACCUCUUUCUCAUUCUUCUCUUUCUUUUUCUUUUCCUUUUUCUACUGCUCUUCGCAAUUUACAUACCUAUUUACGUGUAUGUACUUUGAAAUAAUGUCAUGAUUAAUUAGCUGUUCAAAUGACUAAAUUUUCUACGUGCACAUUUUUUUUCGCUUUUCUUUCCGUUUAUUCUUAUUUAUUUGCUUUCUUCUCUUACCCCAAAACACAGUUUCCAAUUCUGUCAUGUAAUUGUACUACAUGUAGAUAUAGUAUAAUUGGUAAAAAAAAAAAAUUACAAAUAGAUCAAUUAAUCAAUCAAUGAAAUAUAAUGGGAAAGUAAUUCCGUUGGAUUCCUAAGAGAAUUUUCGUACUUUUCCAAAAUCCAUUGCAUAAAAAAAGAAGCAAAACUAUUUCGAAGAAAAAGUUAGAAAAAAACCUAAGCAAUAUUUACAGUGCCUAUGUAUAACAUAUACAUAAUUACAAAUGUAUAUAUGUAUACAAAAUUAUAUCAAUAACAGCAACAAAAAUAGAAACAGAAGACAAACAACAAAAACUAGACAAAUAUUUUCAUAUAUUUGUAUACAAAAAAGUCAUCAAAUAAAUUAAAUAAUUAAUCCAAUCAACUGAUUCAAAAAUAAUUAAUCAGAAUAUUAUUUGCUUCAAACAUGCGUAAUGGUAUGUACAAGAAUUUAAUAAUUUGCAACAAUCAAUCGAUCGCUACUCAAUAUAAAUUCAUAGAAUAAUAAUAAUAAUAAUAAUAGUGAUAAUAAUAAUAAAAAUAAAAAUACUAUUAAUUGUAUUCGCAUACUAUCUAUAUACUUAUACUCGUUGAAAGGAAAAGAACAAAAUCAGAAAAAAAUUUUUUAAACGAUUGUAAUUUUCAAUGUACUCAAACACAUCAAAAUGUCCCAUUCCUGCAAAAAUAUGUGUAUUUGUAGAAAAAAAAAGCUUUCUUUCAAAAAUAGCGCAGCGCAGCUUGUACGACUUUGUGGUACCUAUGUGAAAAAAAAAGGUGCAGGGGAGAAUAGUAGAAAAAAAUAACGAAGAACUGACCACCGACAAGAAAAGGAAAUAGAACGAAAAAGGAGAGAGAAAAAAAAAAUGAAAUGGAGAAAUAUUAGAGAUCUGCUUAUAGGCGAGUGAUCAAUGAUCCUGCGGGAAAAGAGGAUCUUGUGCUUGAAAUGCAGAAUUUCUGGGGUAGUUGGUGAGGAUCGGCCCUCUGACGCCAAGGGGUGAUACUUUUUUGCUACUUGCUGAAGAGAAAAAGAAAGAAAAUGGCGUAAUGCGGAGACGUGACGGUGACGGAAAGUGCACACGGGAAUUUUAAGAGAAGGCAAUUCGUCCAGCCGUUUUCCUUCGCUGUCAGUUUGCGUUAUAUCGCGUAACUCGUGUAAUUUAUUUCUGCACUGAAAUAGAAAAAGUGUUGGAAAAAGUGAUCUAACGUGUGACGAUAUGAGUUCAAUGAAAUAAAAUCCGUGGGUCGGUUUUGAUCGGACCACUAAACGGAGGUCGUAAAAUCGAUCGAGAGCAAAGGCUCUCUUUUAUAAAUUUUAAAUAGUGGACCGUCGAAACUAGGUUAUAUUAUGCUGAGCUUAUGUUGACCUGUAUGAGGAUAUUUCCGACGGUAUAAUUAAUUAUAAAACGCCGUUUCCAGAAAGAUGUCAAAUUGGAACGACGCAAGAUCAGAUCCUGGCCCGAUCCCAGCUAGAUGGCUUCAUUGUCCAAGAAAGGCGGUGAAAUUAAUACAAAAUAAAUUCUUGGCAUUCAAAACACCACUUUCAUCCAGUUAUGAUGGCCAAGUACCCGAGAGCUGUCGUUUCGACAUCAAAAUGCUUUUUGACUCUCUUAAAAGCCAAGAGAUAAAAUUAGGCCUCUUGAUAGACCUCACAUAUACAUCAAGGUUCUAUGACAAGCGAGCCGUUGAGGCAAACGGAUGCAGAUACCUCAAACUGCAGUGUAGAGGUCAUGGGGAAACUCCAUCUGAGGAACAGACUCGAACAUUUGUUCAAGUCUGCAAGAAUUUUAUAGCCCAUAACCCACUUGAAAUUAUCGGCGUUCACUGCACCCACGGUUUCAACAGGACGGGGUUCCUUGUGAUAAGUUACCUCGUCGAGAGCGACGGAACAAGCGUAGAUGCGGCAUUGGCAGAAUUCGCUAACGCAAGGCCACCAGGAAUUUACAAGGAAGAUUAUAUUAAGGAAUUAUUUCGGAGAUAUGACGACGUGGAGGACGCUCCUCAACCUCCUGUACGGCCUGCUUGGUGUCUCGAGUACGACGACGGAGAUGUAGAGAACAGGGGCGACGGACCUAGCGCAGAAUCUAACGCAAAUAGCAGAGGCUCUGGGAAAAAACGGAAACGAGAACACAAGCACAGCAAUCCCACAUUUAUGGCUGGUGUACCGGGAGUCACUCCCGUUACCGAACAGUCAAAACUUUCCGGAAUCCAACGCAGGGUUCAGGAAAUGUGCGGCUGGGAAUCUUCCGGCUUUCCUGGGUCGCAGCCCGUCUCUAUGAACACCGCUAACAUCAAACUGUUGCACGAGAAACCCUAUCGAGUCUCGUGGAAGGCCGACGGUACCAGGUACAUGAUGUUGAUUCAAGCCGAUCGAGAGGUAUUUUUUAUCGACAGAGAUAACUGCAUUUUCCAAGUCGAUGGCCUCACCUUUCCUCACCCCAUGGACACCAAGCGUCUCCUCAGAGAUACGCUUCUCGACGGGGAAAUGGUAAUAGAUAGAGCAGAGGGUAAAGAGUAUCCGAGGUACUUGGCUUACGACGUGGUCUUCUAUGACGGUAGAGACGUGAGUAAGCUAUCUUUCUUUCCUGACCGCUACAGCAUCAUUGAGAGAGAAAUAAUGGGCGGAAGACAUAGAGCAUUGAAAGAGGGAAGGUUGCGGAGAGAACGGGAGCCCUUCUCCGUCAGAUUAAAGCAGUUCUGGGAUGUGACGCAGGCCCCUAGUUUGCUAAGUGAAAAAUUUGCCAAGCAGUUGGGCCACGAACCGGAUGGACUAAUAUUCCAGCCGGCUAAAGAGCCCUACAACCCCGGUGCGAGCAUAGAAGUUCUCAAGUGGAAACCUCUGUCCAUGAAUUCGAUCGACUUCAGGCUUCAAAUUGUAACCGAGAAUGGGAAGGGAAUCCUGCCGAGAAAAAUCGGAAAUCUUCACGUCGGCGGUUAUGAACCACCCCUUGACCAAAUGAAAAUCACCAAAGAAAUCAAGGGGUUGCACAACAAAAUUAUAGAAUGCAGCUAUAAAAACGGCCAGUGGGUCUUCAUGAGGGAGAGAACGGAUAAGUCUUUUCCCAAUUCCUACGACACUGCUAUAGCGGUGUCUCAAAGCAUCCGUGACCCUGUCACCACCGAAAAAUUGUUCGAUUUCAUUAACAGGCACAGAUUUGUUGAAGAUGACGCCGACCGAAUGCCUCCACCAAAAAAGAUACGAAGUUGACAGAAUACUAAGACCAACAUCGCGUUAUUCGAAUUCGUUAUUCUCUUCACUCUAGAGCGACAAUGUUCAAUUCUGGAGCAUUUUGCGACGAUCGAUUGCCAAAAUUUUGUGUUGGUUAAAAUAUUUAUUCUCCACCGCUAUCCUAAUGGCCUGGAAAUUUACUUUGGGAAGAAGGGGGUGAAUAUAAGUAUACUAAAUAAAUUCAUUAGUUACCUAGAAUAAAUAUUUUCGAUUGUUUUAAAUCGUAGAAUGAAAAUUCGUCGAAUCUAUGUGACAUAUAAAGCAUAUCCGACUGUGUUUUAUCAAGGUUUUUGCCAUUUCAGUUGAUGUGACUUCUGAGAAUCAAUUGUUAGAAUUAUUCGAUUUUUUGUUGAUAGAAAAUUAACACCAACAAAAUAUAAAUAUGUACCAAUUAAUUUUUUUCUUUUUGGUAGAAAUAACGCGUGAAUAUUUUCAUCUGCGGUUUUUUUUUCUUUUUUUUUUCAUUUUUUUCGUGCGAAUUAAUCGUUUAGCAUGUAGGUAAUAUCGUCUUUGAUUUUUUCUCAUUGUAAUAUUUUUUACGGAGAAAAAACUAAACGAAAAUCAUAUUUUUGAUUUCCUUUUAUCCAGCGCCAACCAUUUUGGGACUUAAUGUACCAUAAUUUGUUCGAGCGGCGUAUGUAUUAUACAUUCUUAAAUACAAUAGACUAAAAGUG